CACACCAAACAACAAAACAAGAGUUUGGUGAAACAUAGCUACAAUAUAACUAUACAAAACCAGAAAAAUAAAAGUAACCAUUUUCUAAAUCAUUCAAGCACAAAAAGUAUCCUCACUUCACAAUCCCCAACUACCUGUAGACCUUUCUGUGUAUCAGAUUUUAAAUACUUUGAUCAAAGAAACUGCUUUCUUUCCAAAGACCCUAUAGAAGUAGAAAAUGGAUUCUGGUCAAUGGUCCAUGGAGAAAAGAUCUAGUUUUAGAAGUGAUUCAUUUGCUAGAGAAAAUGAGAAUGUGCCUGAAACUGGAUGCCUCUCAAUUAUUGUGCUUGGUGCUUCUGGUGAUCUUGCCAGAAAGAAGACGUUCCCUGCUCUCUACAAUCUUUAUCGCCAGGGAUUUCUGCAACCAGAUGAAGUUCACAUAUUUGGUUAUGCAAGGACUAAGAUUUCAGAUGAUGAGCUCCGAAAUCGUCUUUGUGGAUAUCUUUACAAAAGUAAUUCAUGUGGGCGCCCUAAUCAAUUAAAAUUCUUACAGUUGAUCAAAUAUGUAAGUGGAGCUUAUGAUACUGAAGAGGGCUUUAAGCUGCUGGAUAAGGAAAUCUCAGAGCAUGAAUCAGCGAAAAAUAGUGCAGAAGGAUCAUCUCGGAGACUAUUUUACUUUGCACUUCCACCAUCAGUUUAUCCAGUUGUCUGCAAGAUGAUAAAAAAAUGUUGCAUGAAUAAAUCUGAUCUUGGUGGAUGGACUCGAAUUGUUGUUGAGAAGCCUUUCGGCAAGGAUUUGGAGUCUUCAGAAAAACUUAGUGAUCAGAUCGGAGAGUUGUUUGAGGAAUCUCAAAUUUACCGUAUUGAUCACUACUUGGGAAAAGAAUUGGUGCAAAACAUGUUGGUGCUUCGUUUUGCAAAUCGCUUCUUCUUACCCCUUUGGAAUCGUGACAAUAUUGCCAAUGUACAGAUUGUGUUCCGGGAAGAUUUUGGAGUUGAAGGUCGUGGUGGAUAUUUUGAUGAAUAUGGAAUUAUCCGCGACAUUAUCCAAAAUCACUUGUUGCAGGUCCUUUGUCUAGUUGCUAUGGAGAAACCCGUCUCUCUAAAACCUGAGCACAUUCGAGAUGAGAAAGUGAAGGUGCUUUGUUCAGUACUUCCUAUCAAAGAUGAUGACGUUGUUCUUGGACAAUAUGAAGGCUAUAGGAAUGAUUCAACAGUUCCAGACAAUUCAAACACCCCAACAUUUGCGACCGUUAUUCUGCACAUACAUAAUGAAAGAUGGGAAGGUGUUCCUUUUAUACUAAAGGCAGGGAAAGCAUUGAAUUCAAGAAAAGCAGAGAUACGAGUUCAAUUUAAAGAUGUUCCCGGUGAUAUAUUCAAAUGUAAAAAGCAAGGAAGAAAUGAGUUUGUAAUACGCUUGCAACCUUCAGAAGCUAUUUACAUGAAACUUACGGUGAAGCAGCCUGGACUGGAGAUGGCAACUGUUCAAAGUGAAUUAGACUUGUCAUAUGGACAACGUUAUAAUGGGGUUGUCAUUCCAGAGGCUUAUGAACGAUUGAUUCUUGACACAAUUAGAGGUGAUCAGCAGCAUUUUGUCCGCAGAGAUGAGUUGAAGGCGGCAUGGGAGAUCUUUACACCACUUUUGCAUAGGAUUGACGAUGGUGAACUUAAGGCAAUCCCAUACCAACGAGGCAGUCGAGGCCCUGCAGAAGCUGAUGAACUGCUGGCAAAAGCUGGUUAUGUCCAAACACAUGGCUAUAUCUGGAUUCCUCCCACACUCUAGAAAUAUAGCAGGCUUGCGCAAUCUCUUUUCCACUUGCCAUAUAAGUUGGGGUUUUCCAUUAGCCCAUCUAAUGAAUCUAUGACAUCCUAUGCCUUUUGUUUAUAGUUUCUUGAGAGAUUUCAUAUGUAAGCUUGAUCUACUCCCACCCAACAUGCCAAUCCGUUGUGGUGUAUAAUAAGUGUGUUUGCGAAAUAAAGUCGUGUCAAGCCAUUGCUAUCCAAAACUUAGUGUUCCUUUUAGCAAUAAUGCUGUAGUUUCCUUCUGAACAAUUCCUGUUGUAGACUAUGCUUCUGAAAUCUGAACAAUGAGUACAAGAGCAGUCUGAUGGUAUCCAUUAGACAAGCCUGUUCUCCAGUUAUUCGGGAAA